UGGGAGGGGGGGGGGUGGCAGGACGUUGCAUCACAUUAACCAGAAGCUUCCCUGUAUAUGUGUGUGAAGUAGGCAGCAAGGUCUUCCACCCAAACACCUAUAUGUAUAUGCAUAAAUACAUAACCUGCAACUUUCUCACAACAAACUGUACUAUUAAAUGGAAUGAAUCUCUCUUGAGGAAUGAAUAAGGAAACAGUUGUACCAGUCACAUUGCUAACUGAUUGGGUCCAAAUUGACCAGGGACACUUUGGAUCUGUAUACAGAGCAAAGCAUAAAGUUUUUAAGGUUGAUGUGGCAGUUAAGAAACUUAAAGGGAAUAUAUCACAGGGCCUUACAGAUCUCUGUUCUGAGGCAGAGAAGAUGAAUUCUGCCUCAGCCAGCCCUUUCAUAAUCCGCCUGUAUGGGAUCUUGAAGGAAAAAACGCAUGGAAUUCCUGGUAUCGUGAUGGAAUAUAUGGAGAAUGGCAGUUUAUAUACACUAAUGGAGAGAGUUAAUCCCAUUCCUUGGGCCUUGAAAUUUCGUUUCAUUCAUGAAGUGACAUUAGGAAUGAACUGGCUGCAUAAUCUGUCCACUCCUCUGCUACACUUGGACCUCAAAACAAAGAACGUUCUAGUAGAUGAGGGGCUCCACAUAAAGAUCUCAGACUUUGGCUUGUCCAAGUAUACAAGUGGACCUGAAGACUGUAAUGGGGUUGGGGGUACCCUGGAGUACAUGCCCCCUGAAGCAUUCCAAGAAGGGUACCAGCCAAGCACAUCAACCGAUGUUUACAGCUUUGCCAUCUUAACUGCAGUGGUGCUUAGAGGAGAAAGUCCUUAUCCUGUUGACAAAUCUGUCUUGAUACGUGAACAUGUUUCUCAUGGCCAGCGCCCAUGCCUUCGGGAAUUGGAAAUGGAGAAGUCAGUGAGCUAUCUAAAUGAGGCAAUUCAGUUCACCAAACACUGCUGGGAUAAUGACAAGUCCAAGAGGCCUCCGUUUAGUGAAUGUUGUAACAAAUGGGAGAAAUUUUUCAGUGCACAUGAAAAAGAUAUUAGACAAGCGGUUAGACAAGUACAAGACAAGAUGGAUUCUCCUGUGUCUUCUGGUAAUACAAACGAUAUUUCAUAUAAAAAGGACACAGCGUCUGUAAAUACUAAAGAAAUGUCGGACAUGGUUCACAGAUUACAUACUCUGAGAUUUUCUCAAGCCUCACCUGCAUUAUCGGAGUCUGUGCCCCACAAAAUGCCACAUCAGCCUCCAAGGGUUCGUCCAGAAAUUCCACAACAAGGUCACCCACGAGGAGCUCUGGGAUCUCAUUACAGACCUAAAUCUAUGUAUUACCCAGAGUCGGUGCCUAUAAGGAGUUCUUCACAAAGUCAACAUCUAAGAGGUCCUCAAGUAACUUUACCGCCCGGUUACCCACCAGGAGUUAUGGGACCUAACUAUGGACAUCCUUCUCAAUAUUCCACAGGUCCUCCUCUAAAUUGGAAUCAACUGUUUCCACCUUAUUAUAAUUUUGUUCAACCUGCUACAUCUAACCCAACUACAAUAAAUAUUUCCGGUUGUACGAAUUUUCAAAUUGGAGAUAAUGCCAUCAUGAAUGUGAAAGACCCACGAUAUUCUAGUCCACUUCGAAACAUGAGCUACAGGCAACCAGUCUCCACCAUGAGAAAUCACUAUCUUGCAACGAUGAGACCAGAAACAAGACAGACUACUCAAGGAGAUUACAACACGUCGGCAAGAGAAGCAUUUCCAGAUCAGCCUUUCAACCAGGAGACUCUAGUUAAGAGUGAUCAAGAAUCCCACAUCCGUCCAAUACAAACCUCACCUGAAGGACAUUUCAGUAAAGCACGCAACCCACAACAAGUAGCUCAAGGCAGCAUGUCCACCACAGAAAAGCCCACAACAGAACAAUGACUUUUUUCAUGGUUUUGUGACUUUGGGGGGAGAGGGUUUGUUUUUUUACCUUUUAGGGUACCUGUACAUGUUGCAGAAUACUAGUGGUUUUUGUGCAUGGAUUCCUGUGUGGAAAAAAGCACCAUAUAGUACAGUACCGGUAAAGUAUAUUAGAUUAAACAAAUCAGAAUGCAGGUAUCUAAAUCCACAGCAUUUCAAUUAUGUUUGCAGUUUUAGUUGUGGAUUUCACCCUUUUCAAAUGAUUGUGAGAUCUACAAAAUUGUGUUUUUUGGCACAGUUUGAGUGCAGAAACACACAGAAAUUUGCAUGGAAAUUUGUGUGGAUCUUCUGCAUAUUCACCUGCACCCAUGUGCAUAUUCACCUGCACCCUUAGGGUGCUAUCACAAGUAGGGAUGAGCCAAUCGACUUCGGAUUAAAACAUAUGAAGUCGAUUCGCAUAAAACUUUGUUUUAAUACUAUACGGAGCUAGCGCUCCGUACAGUAUUAGGGCUUGUUCACACGGCCAUAGUGCACCCGUGGCCGUAUUGAGGGACACAUAUGGCGG